AUUCAAAGACAGCAAGUGAAAGAAUAAAAUUUCAAAAUCUGAAAGAAAUAUUUUAUUUCAUCAUACGGAAUUUUGCAAUCUCCAUUUAUCAGGAUGUUCGAUUUAAUGAAAAUGAAGCUCUAUGUUGCUGCUCCUCUCUUUAUUGCAGCGAUUUACUUCAGUUUGUUUGAAUUAAGUUCGCAGUAUAAUACAGAUCGACUUUUGCCAGGCGCUAGGACUCUUCCAGGUGACAUGCACAUCUGGUACAGAAUAAGUAAUAAUAAAACGGUGCAUAUAAAGAAUGGCGAAAAUCAAUUAACUCCUGGACUAAUAGACGGGGAAAUACAGGUGUGCGCAAUAGAAAUAUAUAGGAAAAAAUUAAUAGUGCGUAGAUUGUGGAUAUACAAACAACAGGUUAAGGUGGGCAAAAACGAAUAUACCAAUUGGACGCAAGCUGACACAGACUUAUAUGACAUCGAUUUUAAUGCAUACAUUCAGUAAAGCAUUUUUAACAUUUUC